AGCAACAAUUGCAUUGCGUAGAAAAAUAAAGUGCUAAAGCGUUUCAAAAAAGCGAAGUCGCCAAUUCUGUAAUUGCGCGCCAAAUAAAAUAUACAAGCAUAGCAUUUGCAUAUAAAAGCGUACAAUAGUUGUGUCAAAGUGUAAUUGUUUUGCCCGUGCAUUUUUGUUUGAAGUGCGCUUGUGUGUGUGUGUGUUGGUGCGGGAUAGUGUGAGUGUGAGUGCGUGUGCGUCUGUGCGCGUGCCGUAACUUAAAAUGGCAAAGAAAACUUACGAUUUACUUUUCAAACUGUUGCUAAUUGGAGAUUCGGGCGUUGGAAAAACUUGCAUACUCUUCCGUUUCUCAGACGAUGCGUUUACAUCAACAUUUAUAUCAACCAUAGGAAUUGAUUUCAAAAUUAAAACAGUCGAACUGAGGGGCAAAAAGAUUAAACUACAAAUAUGGGAUACUGCCGGCCAGGAGAGAUUUCACACAAUUACCACAUCCUAUUAUCGUGGCGCAAUGGGCAUAAUGCUUGUCUAUGACAUAACAAAUGAGAAAAGUUUCGAGAAUAUAGUCAAGUGGCUGCGGAACAUAGACGAGCAUGCAAAUGAGGAUGUGGAGAAAAUGAUACUCGGCAACAAGUGCGAUAUGACGGACAAGCGUGUGGUCAGCAAAGAGCGCGGCGAGGCGAUUGCUCGUGAGCAUGGCAUAAGAUUUAUGGAAACAUCCGCCAAAUCAAAUACAAACAUUGAGCGUGCAUUUUGUGAACUUGCCGAGGCCAUAUUAGACAAAACAUCUGGACGCGAAGCAGCUGAGAAUCCGGAGGCCCGUGUCGUCGUCGAUCGUGGCAGCAAUAACAAUACAACGGGCUACAACAAGUGUUGUGCGUAAUGGACUAGCUAGUUACACACUACUUACAUACACAUACACACACAAACACACACACACACACAUAUAUUUUAAUAACGUUCAACGGUUGGUUUUGUGAUCUAUUUACAUGCUCAUGCACACACACACAGACAGACAGACACAAACAUACAUACAUACAUGUUAACGAAAUCCAAAAAGUUGGCAAAACUAAAUUAGCGCUUCGCUGUGUAUUUCCUCACGCUCUGUCUUGUCAUAUGUUCUUUUGUUUUUAUAGUAUAUACGGCUACUGCAUAUAAUAUUUGUAAAAACUUUGUCAUAGCAGCAGAGAAACUAUUUCCAAAGUAAACCGUGAGUUUUCCACAAUAUUUGCUGUCUCGCUUUAAUAAAAUGACUAUGCGUCCAUAAUAAGGCA